UGGAUAUUAUAUUUUAUAAUAAUAAUUUUGAACUGUUUGCAAUAUAUUUUAUAAUUAAUUCCAAAAUGGAUAAAUAUUAUUUAGGCACUCCGCAUAAUCUUUGUCGGAGACAUAAGCUUGCUGCUCUUGAAUUGGAGAUAGCACAAAAACUGGAAGCGAGAAGAGCUUCAGUGAGGUGUUGCAAAUCGAACAGUUGCAAGAUGCGUCGUUACGAUGAAUACGAAGAGUUCUAUUCAAGCCAGAGUUGCACUCAAUGUGCAAAUGAAGAAAGUGAUUGCAAAAGGUUUUAUCGAAAUUCGACAGAACUUUCACAUAGAUUAGAUAGCAAACGGGAAAAAUGUCGUAAUAAACACAUUUACAAUGCAGAUUUUUUGCCUUGCAACCAAAACAAUUUGUUUGUAGAAUGUACAAAUCAGGAGAAGUUUUACCGGUGCAAUUCAUCGAAGGAUACUCAAGACGAUCGAUGCUCGACGAGAGUUCCUUCGCUGCGAAUGUCGUCAAGCAGUGAAAAUUUUAUGGGGCUGCCUUCACUGGGACUGACAUCAUCGUGCUCAUCAGAGCGUGAACUAUUAAAAUCAUUACCUUCAUUGGGACUAACACCAAAGGAGGAACCAAGAAUGGAACUCCGAUCAUCUUCAAGACAAGCAAUGGAAACACAAUCAAGAAACGAACAACUAAAGAAAUUACCUUCAUUGAAACUAUAUUCAUCAGAGAGAGCAACAAAAAGACUAACUGCUAAAGACCCUUUAAAAGGUAUCUCAUCAAAGAAAAAACGAUCGUCGGGGCUACGACCACCAACUCCACCUGCCUGGGAUCUAAGUUCUGAAGAAGAUUUAAGUGAGCAUAAGAUCAAAGCAAAGUCAAAUCAAAUAUUCAGUGAGGAUUUGAUCGCUAACAAACUGAUGAUACAACUCUAUCGACGAAUGCAUAAUUUGCUUAAGCUUAAUCUUGAGACGAAAGUAGAACUGAUUGAAGAGUUGGAAAAACUUCGCACAAAAAUCAAUGCAGAUUUCCAAAAGUGUGAGAAGAGCGACGAUAAUUAGGGGACACAACAGCAGGAUUUUAAAUCACACUUUACAUUCAUUUAGACUUUAGACAGUUUAUACAUUAGAACUGCUCUUUUACCUUUUAAGAUUGCACAAAAUUGUUGAAAAUUCUUAUUCCUUGUUAGUUUUUCGACUGGUAAUAUAACAGCGAAUCAGUUUUGGGUUAAUUAAUCAUGCGAAACGAAAAUUGGUAAAUUUAUGUAGUAAGUACAUAGACAGAUGUGUAUUGUAUAUAGAUAAUAUAAUAAGUAUUAUGUAUGUUAUAUAAAAUGGCUUUUACAAAAUGUAUACAAAAUAGUUGUGACUUAAUAAUAUACAUAUAUACAUAUGAAAUAUACGUAAAUUAACUCCCCAAGUUCCGCGCAUCCAACCUUAAUAUGAUCCAUAAUUAAAAUAUAGAUUUCAAUAUACGAUUAUUACUACAUACAAAUCGCACAUAUCUGAUGCAUAUAUUUAUACAUUGUACACAUGUGUU